GCCGCGGCCACACCUCGCCCGGCGCGGCCGGCUCUGCCGGCUUCCCAGCUUUCCCCGAGACUCGUUUUUCGGGACGGAAGUUUCCUGGAGCCAAAUGGCUCCUGUGUGCCUGCUCUGCUGUGUCUGUAGCCUCCUGUGCGUCUGGUCAGUGGCGACGGGACACCCCUGCAGCCUCGACCACCAGGGACGGGCUGACUGCAGUGGGAAGAGCCUUCAGCAUGCUCCAAGUUCCCUUCCAAGAAACAUCACCAGUUUGGACCUCUCCUUCAACUCCUUGGUCAUGCCCCAUCACAGGACUCUCUUGAAGCAUUUCCCUUCCCUGCAUUCUCUCAACCUCUCCAGCAAUGCCAAGCUCACGCUGAGCCCAGCAGUCUUCUCCAACCUCGGGGCGCUGCGUCUGCUGGACCUGAGCAGCUGCGGAAUUGCCUACAUCCACAUGGACACUUUCAAGGGCCUGGAAAACUUGCACACACUGCUUCUAAGAAACAACAGCUUGCAAAAGCUUGAUGUCCCUUUCCUUUUGCCACUGAAGGCUCUUUUCCACCUGGACCUGCAGCACAACGCGCUGGUCUCUGUGGACACUUGGAGCCUGCAGCUGAUGGAGACAGUCCCGCGGGUCCAUUUGGAAGGGAACCCCUGGGUCUGCGACUGCAGCGCGCACCCUCUGCAGCAGUGGCUUCAGCACAAGCGAGCUGUGCAGGUGACCUGUGUGUCGCCCCCGGCGCUGAGGGGCCAGGAGAUCGCAGCUCUGGAUUCUCAGGACCUGGGCUGCCACAUUAACCAGCGGUUUGCUCGUGAGCUCAACGCAACACAGCAGAUCACAGCGACUGAGAACAACACCACUGCACUGCCUGCCGGGAAGGGGGGAAGGAGCUGGCCAUACCUGGUGGGAUUCCUAGUGACAGCGAUUGGCAUCUCCAUCGUGAUUGCACUGGUUGCCAAGUGCAAGCUUGUCCACAAGAACUUUGCCAGCUACCACCACCGGCCGCUGCCUGAAAUCAGUUCCAUCGGAGGCAGUCCCAUGGAGGAUAGCAGCAGCUGGGACAGGGGCUCCUGUGGGAGCCAUUCCAUAACUGAUGCUGCUGACCUGCAAGCUGAGGAUGAUGAUGGCUUCAUCGAGGAUAACUACAUCCAGCCCAGUGAGCAGCUGCCAACAAAGGAGCGGGAGUUGCAUCGCUCCAUCUGAGCUUAUCGCUUACAACUCAGCCACCACUGCUGUGGCCUCUUAGCUGUCUCCCUAGCUCCACCCUUUUCCUACCUGUCCUUGGCUUUGGCCCCACAUUUCAGGGGCAGGAGGAAAGGAGCAGAGAGGAGGGGAGAGAAGAAUGGGCUAGGAAUGGUGAUGGAGGUGAAGGCAGCUGGUCCCAGAGUGUCCCAGCAUGACGCCAGUAGGCCUCACUGUCACAGGGACAUCAAAACAGCUGCUGCUUUCCCAGCCUUGCUCAGAUGCUGAGGCUGAAGGAGGUGGUGUCCAUCAUGCCCAGGAAGCUGGGUGCAGUGGGAAGAGAAGCCUGCCCCGGUGCUGCCACAGGGUCUUGGGCGCUGGCCCCACUGUCCCAUGGUGCCAGACCCAGCCCUGCUCUGGCCCUCAAUGCAUUGUCACUCUGAGGUGUGAUUAAAGCAUGAU